GCAAGUCAACUUUUACUCCUAGCUCGCCCACAAUCAUUGUGGGAUUGUGUCAUUAUGGCAUCCAACCUUCCCCCGGUGGCAUCCAGCCCUCUUACAGUGCCAUCCAGCCAUUUCACAUUGGCAUCCAGCCAUCUCACAUUGGCAUCCAGCCAUCUCACAAUGGCAUCCAGCUAUCUAACAUUGGCAUCCAGCCAUCUCACAUUGGCAUCCAGCCAUCACACAUUGGCAUUCAGCCAUCUAACAUUGGCAUCCAGCCAUCUCAGAUUGGCAUCCAGCCAUCUAGCAUUGGCAUCCAGCCAUCUAGCAUUGGCAUCCAGCCAUCUCACAUUGGCAUCCAGCCAUCUCACAAUGGCAUCCAGCUAUCUAACAUUGGCAUCCAGCCAUCUCAAAUUGGCAUCCAGCUAUCUCACAUUGGCAUCCAGCCUCCCCUUAAUGGCGUGUAA